UGAUUGGCUGAGACACGGCUAACUCCAUUUUGGAAAACAGCUGUUUGAAGACACAACCUUUCCUCAUUGUUUGCCGACGGUGGCCGCAGAAAACAUCCAGCCUCCCUCUCAGAGACUCUCUUCCCCUUCAUUUCCACACCAGCCUCCUUUAGUUUCCGUCGAGUUGAACGUGUCGCUCCGCGGUUUUUUUUUUUUUUUUUUUUUUUGCCCAAGUGUCCGGAAACUUAACUGGGGAUUCAUGCUGUUACAUUUCCAUUGUAACAAGUGGAUAACAGGAGGAGAACGGAUCAAGGUGUAAUGAGAGAGCUGGUCAUGGACAGAUGAUGGAUGUGGAGACGUCGUACACAGAGUUCAUCAACUGUGAUCGCACAGGCCGCAGGAACGCAGUGCCCGACAUCUCAGGGGACGGGACACCAGUGGCCAGCACCAGUGAACUAACCAAAGACCUGGCAGAGAUGGACCUGAAGGCUGCAGAAGGAGACCAGGGGGCUUCACCAGCCCCGGAGGCAGAGGGCUCUACCAGCCAAGAUGCCCAGGGAAACGGAGGCCCGUCCUAAAACCCCAGAGACCGGAGGGAGGAGAGCAAGAGAAGGAAAUGAGUGAAAGUGGAGAGACAUGGAGAAAGGGAGGAAGAGGGAGAGGGAGAGGGAGUGUACUGGUUGUCCUAAUUGGACAUGCUCUUCUCACAGCCCCGUUCUCAUGUUACAGUGAGGACGCCUUCGCUCACUGCCGGCCUGCGUUUGGAGCUCCGCCGGCCCAAAUGCACGCCUCUUUAUCGGAUCAGAUAGUAACGAGGGGAACCGAACGGAGUACAGCUGACCAUGGAGAUGCUGCUCUUUACUCUGGUAGUCAUUUAUAUUCCUGACAUGACAAGAAAGCACAGGAACUUCAGAUGUGUGUCUCUGGAGCGUGAACACUAUACAUUUAUAAUAACACUCGAAACAUUGUUCCAGCCUAAUGUGGAACUCUAUCACAGAGUGCGUUACAUGCUCAUAAUCAUCUGUUUGUCCUUUUCUUUCUAUGUGUGUACGUGUUUGUGACCUUCUCGUUCAUUUUCAUCUUCUAGUCUUUCUUCUUUUUCAGUAACCAACAUAGUUGUCGUUAUAAUGUACUGUACGGAGGUCAUAUUUAUUGCAAAAUGUUCAGUGAUAACUUUGUGAUAGCAAUUUUCUUUGUGUAAUAAAAUACUUAAUAUGAAUCUAC